AUGAUUGAGGACUACAACUGGGAGUACUUGCAUUUCACUUCUCCAUAUCUUCUUAUUCAUAAUUGUACUGUACUUGCUAUGCUAUUACCAGCGUACUCCAUUCUCUGCUGUUACUUAUACUUCAAACGCAGUACAGCUGGGCAUGAAAAUUUACGGAUCUUCAUGCAAGUAUUCCUUAUUUGUUUAUCCAAAGUAAUUGUGGCGAUUCUCUACGUAGCGUUGCAAUUUUUCUCCGUACCAGGAAGUGUCGUCCUUGCAUCAUAUGUCUUAUGGCAGCUAAGUCAUGGUAGCUUUACCUAG